AUGUCCAACACCGUCAAGAUCGAAGAAGCCGGCCCAUGCCGGAAGAAAAUCUCCAUUGAUGUUCCAGCAGAGAAGGUCAAUGAAGCGAUGGAAACCGCGUACGCGACAGUCGCACACGAAGCAACCAUCCCUGGAUUCCGUAAAGGACGCGCCCCGCGUCGCCUCGUCGAAAAACGAUUCGGUUCCUAUGUCCAGGACGAGACCCGCUCACGCCUCUGUGCUUCCGCAUACCAAGAAGCCGUCGAGUCCAAUGAACUCAAGGUACUCGCUCAUCCACCCGCAGAGUUCUUCGAAGAUGUCGAAGUCGAAGCAAACAGCCCAGUCCACAUCGAAGUCGAAGUCGAAGUCAUGCCGGAGUUCGAUCUCCCAGAACUUAAGGACAUCGAAGUCUUCAAGCCAGACAAUGCCCUCCCAGACGGCAUGGUCGAUGACGAGAUCAAGAAGAUCGCGAUCAAUGAAGGUGACCUCGACGAGCAGGACAAGUCCGAGAAGGGCAAUUACCUGACCGGUAAAGCUGUCAUGGUCGACGAAGAAGGAACCGAGCACUACAACAUCGAUGGCGCCGUCAUCCAACUCCCAGAAGAGGGCGACGAGGGCAUGAUCCUCGGCGUCAUCGUUCCGGACUUCACCAAGCAGGUCGGGACACCGAAGGAAGGCGACUCCGUCACUGUCAAGGUCAAGGGACCAGAGAAUCACGAAGUUGAAGCUCUCCGCGGCAAAGACCUCACAGUCACUUUCGAAGUAACCAAGAUCUAUGCGAUCGUCCCAGCGCCAAUGGCAGACAUCGUCGCGAAGUACGGCUUCGCAUCAGAAGACCAGCUCAAAGAGAUGGUCUCAAACCGACUCGAGCAGCGUGCUGUUGCUCAGCAGCAGAGCGUCAUGCGUCAGCAGGUCGUUAAGUACCUCGCAGACAACACCGAGUUCGAUCUACCCGCAGGACUGACCGCUCAACAAGCCGCCCGCUCGCUCGAACGCCAGCGCAUGGAACUCAUGUACCGAGGCGUUGACCCAACCGAGAUCGAGCAGAACAUGGCGCAGCUCCGCAACGCAUCCGCGGCACGCGCGACCGCAGAACUCAAGCAGUUCUUCCUGAUCAACAAAGCCGCCGAAGCACUCGAUGUCCAGAUCGAAGAAGCCGAGAUCAACGCACAGAUCGUGCAAAUGGCCAUGCAGCAAGGCAAGCGCCCAGAGCAGUUCCGCGAGGAACUCAUCAAGAGCGGCCAAGCCCAAGCCCUCGUCCAGCAAGUCCGCGAGCACAAAACCGUGGACAAGAUCCUGGAAGACGCAAAGGUUGAAGACAUCUCCGCAGAAGACUUCAAUAAGAAGUUCGCCAACGACACCACCAUGACCAGCGCACCAACCCACGCCAAAGGCCUCGAAGGCGUCAUCGCAGGCGAAACCGAAAUCUGUAAAGUCGAACAGUCCGCACUCAUCUACCGCGGAUAUGAGAUCGCCGACCUCGCUGCCAACGCAUCCUUCGAAGAAGUCGCCCAUCUCCUCCUUGUAGGACACAAGCCUUCCGCUGAUGAACUCAAGCACUUCCAAGCCGAGCUGGUCGCAGAGCGGAAGCUCCCUGAACCAGUUCUCAACUUCCUGAAGACUUCAGGUGACCUUGUCAACCACCACAGCGCUGUUCCAAUGGACAUCCUCCGAACCGCAGUCUCGAUCUUGGGUCACCUCGACCAGGAUUGCCAAGACAACUCCCCAGAAGCAAACCUCAAGAAGUCCAAGCGACUCCUUGCGAAGAUCCCGACCAUCAUCGGACACAUGCAGAACUCCAUCGAUCGUCGCGACUUCGUCGAGCCAGACGCGAAUCUCUCGCACUCCGCAAACCUCCUCUACAUGAUGACCGGCGAGCAACCAUCCGAAGAAGCCGUCAAGGUCAUGGAUGUUUCCCUCGUCCUCUACGCGGAACACGACUACAACGCGUCAACCUUCAGCUCUCGCGUCAUCGCAGGAACACUCUCCGACCUCCACGGCGCGGUCACCGGAGCAAUCGCCGCACUCAAAGGGCCACUCCAUGGCGGUGCCAACGAAGCCGCGAUGGACAUGCUCGCAGAAAUCCGCAACGACAUCGGUCACGAAAACGAUGACGCGAAGAUCGACGCAUGGAUGCAGACCGCAUUCGCCAACAAACGUAAACUCAUGGGAUUCGGUCACCGCGUCUACAAAAACGGCGACCACCGCGCACCAAUCCUCCACGCGCUCGGACGCAAAGCCGCCGAAGCCCGCGGACAUGAGUUCGUUAAACUCUUCGAACUCGGAGAGACAGUCCAGAACAUCAUGGAGACCCAGAAGAGCAUCUUCCCAAAUGUCGACUUCCCCUGCGGCAUGACCUACUUCACCAUGGGAAUCCCUGUCCCGCAGUACACCCCGAUCUUCGUCGCUUCGCGCAUCACCGGCUGGUGUGCCCACAUCAUGGAGCAGCACGCAAACAACCGCCUUAUCCGGCCACGCGUUGCCUACACAGGACCAGAUCUCCGCUCCUGGAACGAUUAA